AUGUUGGCAAUUUUUCACAAAGCUUUUGCUCAUCCACCAGAAGAGCUGAAUAGUCCAGCAUCAUACAAAGGUUCAAAGAAACCUAAGCUUCCUGAAGAAACUCUGAGAGAGUUUCUCUCUCAUCAUCCUCAUAACACCUGUUCCAUGAGUUUUGGUGAAGCUUCUGUUCUUGCUUAUGUUAGACCCGACAACCCUUUUUCUGUUCAUCAAAGGUUGUUUUGUGGUGUUGAUGACAUAUACUGUUUAUUUCUGGGGAGUUUGAACAAUUUGUCAGUACUAAACAAACAAUACGGUUUGUCAAAGGGUACUGAUGAAGCCAUGUUUGUGAUUGAAGCUUAUAAGACACUUCGUGACCGUGGUCCAUAUCCAGCAGAUCAAGUUGUUAAGGAACUUGAUGGUAGUUUUGCUUUUGUUGUUUAUGACAGCAAAAUCGGCACUGUCUUUGCUGCACUGGGUUCUGAUGGUGGAGUGAAGCUGUAUUGGGGUAUUGCAGCUGAUGGAUCUGUUGUGAUUUCUGAUGAUCUAGAUGUUGUAAAAGAAGGCUGUGCUAAAUCUUUUGCUCCUUUUCCAACAGGGUGUAUGUUUCAUAGUGAAGGAGGGUUAAUGAGUUUUGAGCAUCCAAUGAACAAGUUGAAAGCAAUGCCAAGGAUAGACAGUGAAGGAGUGAUGUGUGGGGCCAACUUUAAGGUUGAUAAAUUCUCAAGAGUCAACAGUAUUCCUAGAGUUGGUAGUCAAUCCAAUUGGAUGGAAUGGGAACAACAUUAA